AUGGCUCAGCCGCUACGAAGACUACGCAACAGUUUCCGGCUAGCAGAGCGCUCACGCGAGCCGUCCACAUGUGAAUUCUGCGGCCGCGCGCCUCAUCGACGUUCAGACUGCCCGGCCCGUCGCUCCACCUGCAACUUCUGCAAAAAGAAAGGCCACUUUGCCGAAGUAUGCCGCUCGCGGAAGUUCAAGCAGUACAAGCUCAGCUCCGUUAACCUGCACGCCGUCGCGACGGCCGCCUCGGCAAAGUUCGUCGACGUCACUGUUGACGACUACACAGCGCAGUUCAUGGUUGACUCCGGAGCCGAAGUAUCUGCUGUUCCCAGCGACUUUCCUACCUUGCCUGCCACACUCGACCAAGUCGACACUCUGCUCACUGGCCCGGGAGGACAGCCGCUGCGCGUGCUGGGCUCGUAUAUGGCACGACUUCAGUGGCAAGGGAAAACAAGCCGUCAGCGCCUCUACGUGAUCCAGUCUCUCACUGUGCCUCUUCUGGGACUGCCAGCGCUCCAAGCCCUCCAAGUAGUUCGGUUUCUUGAUCAACUCAAGACUUCAAAAGCGACGCUGCACGCCGAGCUCUUCAAUGGAUUGGGCACUCUCAAGGACGAAUACAACAUCCGGUUGAAACCCGAUGCCGUACCUUUCUCGCUAAGCGUACCUCGCAGGAUCCCCAUUCCGCUGCUCGAGAUUGUCCGCCGCGAACUGGACAAAUUGGAAAGCGCAGGCGUGAUCCGUAGGGUCGACAAGCCAACACCAUGGUGCUCGGGUCUCGUCGUCGUCCGGAAAGGCGAUGGUUCCUACCGCCUCUGCGUCGACUUAACACAACUCAACAAGGUCGUCCUUCGUGAAAGACAUAUUCUGCCAACUGUCGAGCGAGUCCUUGGCCUCCUCGGCGACGCAACAGUUUUUUCGAAGUUGGACGCGACCGCAAGCUUCCACCAGGUGAAGCUCUCUGAAGACUCCCAAGAGCUUACGACAUUCAUCACCCCAUAUGGCCGAUACUGCUUCUGCCGGCUCCCCUUUGGCAUCACCUCCGCACCAGAGUACUUCCAAAAGCAGAUGGCAAGAAUCCUGGAGGGCCAAGAAGGAGUCGCCAAUAUGAUAGACGAUAUUUUGGUUUUUGGACGCACCCGCCAGGAACAUGGCGCCAGACUGAGCCAGGUGCUAUCUCGCCUUGCAAAAGCAGGUAUCACAUUGAACCAGGACAAGUGUCGUUUUGGGGUACCCGAGGUCUCCUUCCUCGGAGUUGUCGUCUCAGCACAGGGCAUCAGGCCAGAUCCGGGCAAGGUCGAAGCAGUCAAAGCCAUGGAAGCCCCAACGGACGUCGCUGGCGUUAGAAGACUGCUCGGAAUGGUGAACCAUCUUGCCAGGUUCUUGCCACACAUCUCGGACGUCACGGCUCCCAUCAGAGCCUUACUGAACAAGACUGCGAGUUGGGUGUGGCAGCACGAGCAAAAGGCAGCGUUCGAGAAAAUCAAGGAACUCUUGACGUCAGAUAGGUGCAUGGCCAAGUACCACCCGUCGUACGCCACUACGGUGUCUGCAGACGCAAGCUCAUUCGGACUCGGCGCAGUUUUGCUACAGACGCAACCCUCAGGAGAGCGCCGCCCAGUCGCAUUCGCUUCGAGGUCAAUGACCGAUACUGAGCAGCGUUACAGCCAGACUGAAAAAGAAGCUUUGGCAAUGACGUGGGCUAUUCAAAGGUUCGACGAGUUCGUCCGUGGCAUCCCCUUCGACGUCGAGACUGACCACCUGCUACUCGUUUCGCUUCUGGGCAAGAUGGAACUGGACGUGUUGCCUCCUCGUAUUCAGAGACUACGGCUGAAGACCAUGCGAUACCAGUUCCGUAUGCUGCACGUGCCAGGAAAGCUGCUAGCCACAGCUGAUACGUUGUCGCGCAUCACCUACAAGCCACCCACUCCUCUAGACACUAUCGAACUUUUCGCAGCACAGGUAGUCGGCUGCAUGUUGGAAGUCUUGCCACUCAGCCCUAAAGACGUGCGACAGGCACAAGAGUCCGAUGGCGAGUGCAAAGCCCUCGCUUCCUACUGCCAGAAUGGUUGGCCUAAAAAGACCACGAUACCACUGCACCUUACAAAGUACGCCUCGGUGGCAGACAAGCUCUCUGUCUGCGACGGUGUUCUGUUGAAGGGCGCCCGGUUAGUCAUCCCAUCGUCCCUUCGGCCAGCGGUCCUGACGCUGUUGCAUGAAGGUCAUCAGGGCAUCAACAGGACCAAAGCCCUAGCUCGGGAGUCAGUUUGGUGGCCCGGUAUCUCGACAGACAUUGCCUCUCUCGUUGCCAACUGUGAACAGUGCGCUUCCACCCGCGUGAACUUUGCCGAGCCCCUGCUCUCCACAGCCCUACCUGGACAUCCCUGGGAAUUCCUUGGUAUGGACUUGUUUCACCUCAACGGCCAGACGUUCAUCCUGGUGGUGGACUAUUACUCAAGGUUCCCUGAGGUGGUGACCCUGAGGAGCACGACAGCUCAGGCAGUCAUCGAUGCUCUCAAAUCAAUCUUUGCCCGACAUGGAAUCCCGCAAGAAGUCAGGUCAGACAACGGCCCACCGUUCUCGUCGCAAGAGUUCGCGGCGUUUGCAGCGUCAUACGGCUUUAACCACAGGACCAGCAGUCCACACUACGCUCAAUCGAACGGAGAGGCGGAGAGGAUGGUGCGUACUAUCAAGGACCUGCUUCGCAAGUCAAAGGAUCCUUAUCUGGCUCUGCUCAGCUAUAGGGACACUCCAGGAGUCAACGGCUUUAGUCCAGCACAGCUGUUGAUGGGACGUCAACUCAGAACCAGAGUCCCAAAGCACGGCUCCCAGCUAUGUCCCAACUGGCCCCCAAUGAAAGAAGUCGUCGCCAAGGAUGCGACUUACAAGCAGAAGCAGGCCGACAAUUACAACAGGCAUCAUGGAGCUCGAGACUUGCCACCACUCCAAACAGGUCAGCGUGUCUGGGUGCGACCUGAUCAAGUGCAGGCUACGGUCCUCAGCCCGGGGCAAAGACCAAGAAGCUACGUGGUCGAAACGGAGCGAGGUGGUACCCUACAGCGCAACCGGCGUCACCUAGUGCCUUUUGGGACUACUGCCUCCGGAGAGGAACCACCACCACUGCAGCAAGUUCGCUGUCAGGAGCCUCGGCCUGCCAACAUCGUGGUAUCAACAGUCCCCCUCGGACAGCCGGUGCAACAGUACCCUGCAGCCAGGGACCGCAGUGACGGUGUGACUCGAACACGUUACGGCCGGCCUAUCGUUCCGCCACGCCGUUUGAACUUAUGA